UCGGCCCGCUCGCUCCGCCCCCGAGGGCGGUCGGACUAGAGCGCGGCUCCGGACGCCGAGCGGUGGGACGCCUCCGGUCAGCUGACCAAGCCGGGGGAGACCGAACCCAGAAUCCCGGCGGGUCCGCGGAUCUGCAAGUGAGCCCUCGCCUACCUCAGCACCCCAGCGCCCGCCCGCCCUCCCUCCACAGCCAUGGUCUGGAAGAAACUGGGUUCCGGCAACUUCUCCAGCUGCCCCAAUGGCUCCCGCCAGUGGAUAUGGGACAUGUUUGGUGAAUGUGCCCAGGAUGGCUGGGACGAGGCCAGCGUGGGCCUGGGCUUGGUCUCCAUUCUCUGCUUCGCUGCUUCCACCUUCCCCCAGUAUAUCAAGGCCUGCAAGACGGGCAACAUGGAUGAGGCCCUGUCCCUGUGGUUCCUGCUGGGCUGGAUCGGGGGAGACUCCUGCAACCUCAUUGGCUCUUUCCUCGCUGACCAGCUACCCCUGCAGACCUACACGGCAGUGUAUUACGUCUUGGCAGACCUGGUGAUGCUGUCGCUGUACUUUCAUUACAAGUUUAAAAAACGUCCCUCUCUGUUGUCUGCCCCCAUCAAUUCCGUGCUCUUGUUCACCUUGGGACUGGCGUGUACCACCCCACUGCUGAGCAGAGCUGGCUCUGUGGCUGCCCCGACGGAGGUCUUCUGGGGGCGGAAGCUCCUGUCUGUGGAGCCAGGCAAUAAGCCCUUCACUCGGCAGGAAAUCAUUGGUUUUGUCAUCGGCUCUGUCUCCAGCGUGCUGUACCUGUUCUCCCGGCUGCCUCAGAUCCACACCAAUUUCCUGCGGAAGUCGACCCAGGGGAUCUCCUACUCGCUGUUCGCCUUGGUGAUGCUGGGGAACACGUUGUAUGGGCUGAGUGUGUUGCUCAAAAACCCCGAGGUGGGCCAGAGCGAGGGCAGCUACGUGCUGCACCACCUGCCCUGGCUCGUGGGCAGCCUGGGCAUGCUGCUGCUUGACACCAUUAUCUCCGUCCAGUUCUUCGUGUACAGGAACGCCUCCACCUCCUCAGAGUGUCAGCCACUCCUCCCAGGCUGACCAGGACCCAGGCCAAGCCCAGAUGACCAGGACCUCCAGAUGCCACACCAGGAAGGGAGAAGUGUGGGCAGUCACGACUGCCAACCCUGGACGAGGCAGUGGAAGAAGCCAGGGGGCGGCCUACAACUCCGGGCCCAGCUGCCUCCCCCUACGCCUCCAAUACCUGGGCUGACUCUUCAGGAGCAAGACAGGCCCUAGGGCCAGCCUCCCCGGACCUUGGGACUCACCCCGCCAGGGUCUGAGGCAGCUGUCCCUGGAGCCUUGAGGGAGAGGCUGCAGCUGGCACCUCACCCCUCAGUAAACAGUGCGCUGACCCUCGGCUCACCUACCUCAUCCUGCCGCUCACCUCUGGGGAGGGACGCAGCUGCAGCCCAGUGUACCCAGGAUGGUCCUGUCGGUUGCAGCCAGCCUAGUAAAUGGUACGCCCCAGCGAGGCCUCAGCUGUUGCUCCUUCCCAAGGUGCUGGGGUCUGAGCUGCAAUGGUGGGAAUCUGGGCCCCACCUUCCAGGGCCCACGUUGGGGCCUAAAGGGUCAGGCUGCGGGAGAGCCAAGCAAGAGGGGACCUAGUCUGCCGGCUAGCCUCCCAAGGGCCUCUGAUUUCUUCACCCUGCUUCUCUGUGACAGGCUCCACACCUGGUGGUGAGGACACAGCAGUGAGAAUGACACUCCAACAGGGUCCCUGCACCUCGGUGCUCAGAAAGCAGAAUCAUUUAGGUUCAGAUCUUGGUCCUGCAUCUUAGCUUCUCUGUGCCUCAGUUACCUUACCUGUGAAAUGGGAUGACAAUAUUACCAUGUAUGUCCUUAGAAGAUGGUGUAAUUACUAAGGUUAGCCCCCAAAUCUGGCAUGUAGUAAGAGCUCAAUAAAGAUUAGCUUUGAUCAUUUUUACUUGGAGGAGGGGGACAACCAGAUCUCCCUGGAGGUCAGAGAGACCUUCCUGGACCAUGCAACAUGGCAGAAGGAUGAGCAGGAGAUCACUGGGGGGAAGGUGAGAGUGCUGCAGGCCAGAGGAAAAAGAGAUGUAAGUGCAGGUAGGAAGGGAGC